AUGCCUUCCCGCCCAGGCCCCAAGAUGGGCGACUGGGUAUCGCAAAUGGGCAUCCGCGACAUGUACCCGCCCGCCCGUCGAUUGUAUCAUACUGCAUGUCCACAGGUGGACUUGCUCAAAGAUGGCAUCAAAGCCAUCAGUGAAAAGUACUACCACCUGUCAAUCGACGACAUUCGGUCCUCUAUAGAUAUUCGUAACGCGGCGAAAGAUCUCCUAAACGGGUGGGGCCCCUACAUUUGGAGCGACGCCACCAACAGAAUAUGGCUGUUCCAACCAGGUCAGGGCGCCUCAGGAGCACCAUACGAGAGACACCUCUACUUUAGCAAUCCCCGGGAUAAGGAGUACCUCGAAAAGACGCUCUACGGGUACGUGCUGGCGAAAGUACUUCGACAUCACAAGGACAAUUCCCGUAGCCCUUCAAAUCCUGGAGAUAUUCGAAUGUCAGAGACACCCGACUUGGCAUCAGAGGCUAGCUAUAAGCCGCGCCUCUCCAAACUACGCGCCUCCAACGGAGCUCACCACCUGCAAUAUGGCCCCGAUCCAUCUUUUCCCGUCCUCAAAUCUGAUGUCACCGCAUCUUCGAUGAAGAGAAAGCGCUCCGCCGUCGACAAGGGAGAGCUUGGCCCUAACAUGGCAUCCGCACGUCAGAGGUGCCGCAACCUACUGCGAACCGGCGAUGGUCAUCGAUCUGAUGAAGCUCAUACCGUCAACGAUGCUGCGCGGACUCGGUCUGCAUUUCAACCUAUCAGCGAUACUGCGCAAACUUCAUCCGUUUUCCUGCCCACCAAUGCAUCGAACAACGAUACUGUGCCACCAACUCGCCAGACAGAAGGUGAAGACAGCAUACCUGUUCGCACUCGCCGGUCAUCGUUCGACAGUAUCUACGACGUCACACCUCGACCAGAAGCCGUUGAGAAGCGACCGACUGCACGCUCAAGUGUACUACAAUUCAAGAUAUGGUAUCCCUUCAGGAUUAGCGAUACCGCAGAGAUAGCCGCGAAAGCCGUGCGCUUCGAUACAACGAUGAGCUUUGACGUCGCUUUCGCACAUGCCAGAGUGAAGCUUGAACGCCAGCUGGGUGGCCGCAAUCUGGUUGGUAUGACCAUUGACUCGAAAGUUGAUGGGAAACCAUCUCUGCUUGUUGAUGAGGAGGAUAUGUGGUCGGAAGUGCUUGCUUUGGUCAGGGAUGGUGGGAGCGAGGAGUUGAGCGGGACGGUGGAUAUGGAGUGA